AUGAGCUCAGUUUGUGGUGGGUUGGAUUUCAAAGAUGCAGAGUACCACCUUGAGAGCAGCUCUGCUUCGAGUCCCAAUAAAUGUUCUAAUAGCUCAAAGCAUAUCUCUUGUAUCGGAUCUGAAGAUGCUCAAGAGUCUGAUGGGGAUGAUAGUGGUUAUAUACCCCAAAGUGUGAAUGAAGAAUCCAAAGAUGAGCUGAUCAACAAACCCAUCACUGAGUCUUUACCUCUCAAGUCUUUGGAUGAUGAAGGAGAAGACAAAAACCUUGCAACGGUAUCGCAGGACAUGUUCUCUGGUAGUAUGAGUGUGGUUACAAUCAUCCCAGCCAUUAAAGGCAGCCGAGAGAAGCAUGGCAAGUCGCUCGAGAAGCUGAGCGUGUCAUGGGCUGAAGAUGUGUAUGAUCCUCUACCCUCCAUUGUCUCUCACACGAGGAACAAGAAACAGCAACAGCAGAAAUCAAAGAGCAAAGACAACUUGAAGAAGAAUGGAAAGAAAGGACAAAAGGGAAGCAGCAAUUCGCCAUCAUCCCGUGGCAGCAAAGACAAGAAGCAGUCGUCUCGCAGCAAAAACAGUCGUGAUAAGUUUGGGUGGGUUACACAAAUGCCCAUUGUAGCUGCAUCUUCUUGA